CGGUGAGGAGAGAGGAACUAAUGGUUGCUUCCGACAUCCGGUUUCCGCUGGCAGUCGGCUUCCGGAAGCUCUUCUCAAAAUGCUGAAGUGCUCUGUGCAAGUCCCUGGUGCCGUAGCGAUUGGAGUCUCUUCUCGGGACUGAGCCUCGAGGCCGGGCUCCUGGGUGUCGUUAAUGUUCGGGGCCACCGGGCGCCAAGCGAUCGGAGCUCCAGCCGCCGGGAACAGCUGGCAUUUCAGCAGAACCAUGGAAGAACUGGUUCAUGAUCUUGUCUCAGCAUUGGAAGAGAGCUCUGAGCAAGCACGAGGUGGAUUUGCUGAAACGGGAGAUCAUUCUCGAAGUAUAUCUUGCCCUCUGAAACGGCAGGCAAGGAAAAGGAGAGGGAGAAAGCGGAGAUCUUACAAUGUUCAUCACUCAUGGGAGACUGGUCACUGUUUAAGCGAGGGCUCUGAUUCUAGUUUAGAAGAACCAAGCAAGGACUAUAGAGAGACGCACAAUAAUAAUAAAAAAGAUCAUAGUGACUCCGAUGACCAAAUGUUAGUGGCAAAGCGCAGACCAUCAUCAAAUCUAAAUAAUAAUGUUCGGGGAAAAAGACCUCUAUGGCAUGAGUCUGAUUUUGCUGUGGACAACCUGGGGAACAGAAGCCUGCGCAGGAGGAGAAAGGUGAAACGCAUGGCAGUAGAUCUGCCGCAGGACGUCUCGAACAAGCGGACAAUGACCCAGCCCCCCGAAGGUUGCCGGGAUCAGGACAUGGACAACGACAGAGCUUACCAGUACCAAGAAUUCACCAAGAGCAAAGUCAAGAAAAGGAAGUUGAAAAUUAUUAGACAAGGACCAAAAAUCCAAGAUGAAGGAGUGGUUUUAGAGAGUGAGGAAAGCAGCCAGACCAAUAAGGACAAAAUGGAGUAUGAAGAGCAAAAAGUCUCAGAUGAGCUCAUGAGUGAAAGUGACUCCAGCAGUCUCAGCAGCACUGAUGCUGGCUUAUUUACCAACGAUGAGGGAAGACAAGGAGAUGAUGAGCAGAGCGACUGGUUCUGUGAGAAGGAAUCCGGUGGAGCGUGCGGCGUCACUGGAGUUGUGCCCUGGUGGGAAAAGGAGGAUCCUUCGGAACUAGACAAAGAUUUACCGGAUCCUGUCCUUGAAAGUAUUUUAACUGGCUCUUUCCCCCUUAUGUCGCAUUCAGGCAGAAGAGGUUUCCAGGCUAGACUCAGUCGCCUUCAUGGAAUGCCUUCAAAGAAUGUUAAAAAACCUGGAGGAACUCCAUCUUCAAUGGCUGCAAACUGGACCAGUGAGAUUCCCCUAUAAAUCAAAUCUUCUAAUGCUAUUAAUUAGUUACAUUUGAACACCUGGGGAGUGACAAUCGAGGGAACCUGGCUCCUGUCCUCUUCCCUGGAGGAAUAUCAUUGAAGUGAGAGCCUCUUUGAUGAAAAGAUGGGGCUGUUUUUGCUGGAGGACUGGUAUUCUUCCUUCUUAGUCAGACGUGAACCUGAGUUGGGAGGCUUUCUAGGGAUCUAGGUUGGCCCAGGGUGGAUAGAAACUACUGUAAAUUUUAUCUGUUUUUAACUUUUUAUGGUUGAAUACAUUUAUGUAUUACUUGCUUUGCCAAAAUGCUAACAAAAGCUAGAUAAUUGAAAACUGCCAAACCUAACCUACAUAUUCUUUGAUGUUUAUUUUGUGACUGGUUAAGCAUGAUUUUUUGCGUACCUAAAUGUUGUAAAUUUCAAAGCAAAAUAGUUGAUGCGUUUGCAUUUAUAGUUCAUUUUCUAGAAUAUUCUUAAAUAAGCAGCAUUAUUUAAAAUAUUUGCAUUUUACUCAGGGUACAGUAAGGGCUAAGAUAAGUAAAGAAUAAGGACAGUAGUCUUUGCUAGAGUUUGUAUUUUGUUCAGUUUCCUUUCUAUGUGGAUAAUCUGCUCUGUAUUGCAAACCCAUUGUACUUUGUAGUAUAGUUUUAAUUGUAAUGCAGAAAUCAUUCUAGUUCUAAAUUAGCUACAGUGAUAACUAGUCUGCACUAAGAAUUGUUUACCUUUUAAAUUAUCUGCUUUUUCUGAUACAUAAAACAUAUCAAAAUUAUUUUACUGUAGAGCUUAGUGAAAUCAUGUGAAAACUGGUAUUAUUGAAAAUUCCUUGUGACUUUGAUUUAUAUUCAUGUUUAAAAAUGAGAGCUGGUUUUACAGCCAUCAAAUGGCAGACCAUAUGUGUCACUGUGAGUGUCAGUCAGAAAUACUUGCAUGAGCUCAUUUUCACCAGGUGGGGGGAAAAUGUAAUAUUUCUGUUGAUGAUACAAUUCAGUAACUAUAUUUAAAGUUCAGGCCACUUGAAUUCUUAAAAAUGAUUAUAUUGAAAUCACUAAUAUUUUUAUUAAGUGCCAGUAAUCAAGAACAACAAUGUGAUUUAAUAUGUGUAUUUUUAUAUUGUAUGGAUCAAUUAAUUGUUAUCCUAGCAUUUAAUGGCUGGUUUAAAUGUGGUUGGAAAAGAAGUCUGAAAGUUGACAUUACCUUUGCCUGAAGUCAUAACAAUCAGAAAGAUUUUAACAAAUAUAUUAAGUGGAAAUGUUUGACAUAUCUAAAGAUUGCUUUUCUGAACUGGAGAGAUUAAAAAUGAUGAAAUACAAUGUUGAGUCUCUUUACCUUUGCAUAUUUAAAGUGAUAUUAAAAGUAUAAAAAUGUGACAUUUCAUAAUUGUAAGUAAGUUUUUUUGUCCUUUGUUUUUAGAGUGAAAUUCAUUGAUUUUCUUUGGAAUUAUAUAAAUGCCUUUUGUUCUAUUUUGUAUAUUGGUUGUCUCUUAGAUCUUAAUAAGUCAUUUUAAAACCUUGGACUAUGAACUUUGCUUUACCAUUCAUGAAUCUUGAUGAAUGCUCUCAAGUUCUUGGUUCAGUUUUACCUAUUUUUAUUUUUGGUUCACUGCUUGCUUGAGCAUAACUGGGAUUUGUAGCCCAUUUUCUAAGCUUAUUGCAGUCUCACUGUGGUAUUUUAUAGAAGCUAUUACAACUGAUAGGCUAGCUUCAUAGUAUUGAUGAUACAUGGCUUAACCAUACUAAAAGCUGCCUUUCCUCUCUAAAUUGUAAAAAGGUGAUUAAGUUUCACUUGAUGGAGAUAUACUAUAUAUGUGUGUUUAUCGUGAAGCAAGUGCACUAGGCCGGAAACUGUUUUGCUGGUCUGCGUUUUUGUAUUUAGCAUUUUAUUGAGGACAAUAGACUCCUUCAGGUUUUCAUUCUCUCAACCCUGACUUGUCCUUGCUUGAAUUUUGAAGUACUGUAAGUUUUUUUAUUU